CUUGCCGCCGGUACACGCGGCCCUGAGUGACGUCCACUCGCUCGUCCGGUGCGCACAUGUCGUGUCCGCGUUCGUUGUUUCUCCCGUCGCUGCUGCCGCCGCCGCCGUCGUCCGAACUUGCACACACGCCGCUCUACGCCCACCCCGUUAUCCUGCCGUUUUCUGCGUUUCACCUCCGAACAGGGAACCUCCUAACCCCUAUCGUCUCCCCUCGACUAGUUCGCCCUGUGAACGGUGCACGCCACGUUUCAUCUCCGUCCGGAACCACGCUCGAUGACGGUGGACGUUACGCGGUGAAGCCGCCGCGGUGUUUGACGGUGCAGAGGAGAACGGACGCACGACCAUGAGCCUGUUCAACACGUCGUACCUGAUGGGCAACGACACGGUGUACGGAUGGGGCACCAGGUACUUCUUCACGUUCUACUCCGAGUUCGGCGACGAGAAGACCGAGUCGGCGGUCGAGGUGACCGUGCUGAUGGUGAUAUUCGCCGUAUCCGUGGUGGCCAACGUGUCCAUCGCGUGGGCCGUGCUCCGGUACCGGGAAAUGCGCACCGUCACCAACUGUUUCCUGCUCAACCUCACCGUGGCCGACCUGUUGUUCGCCGUCACCACGCCCGUGCUCGCCUACGUGCGCAUCCUGCCCGACUGGCCGUUCGGCGACGUCGUCUGCCGACUGCUGCCCUACUCCCAGCUCGUAUGCGGCUUCGUGUUGCUGUGGACGCUGACGUUGAUCAGCAUGGACCGACACCGGUGCAUCGUGGUGCCGCCGUAUCGGUCGCGGUUGACGCCUCAACGGGCGUCCAUGCUGACGGUGAUCACGUGGAUGAUCGCGCUGACCGUGUUCCUGCCCGUCGCGUUCUGGUUCCACGAGCAGCCCGUCCAGAACGGCACCAUCCGGGUGUGCACGCUGGUGUUCCCCAAGAACGACACGUUCCAACUGUCCAUCGUGUUCACCGUGUCCGUGGUGUCGCUGUCCUCCGUGCUGCCGCUGUCCAUGUUCGUGUACCACUACCAGCGGAUAUUCCACAAGCUGAACAAGACGCGGCGGAAGAUCGAGCGGUGCACAUCGCACCGGUCCAACCCGAAGGCCAUGUCGUUGCAGAAGAACCUGUCGCUGCCUACCGCCAACGACGGUACCAUACCGCAGGUGUUGGUACGGCACGAAGAGCUUAGGUACCGGAAGCACGUGCACGUGGUGCGCGUGCUGCUCAUCAACGUGAUCGUGGUGCUGGUCAUGUGGCUGCCGAUGACUGUGGUCAUGUGCCUGAUCUACGUGGACGGCAGCCGGGACACGGAGGACACGGGCUUCUUCCUGCGGUCGCACCACUUCAUCAUGGGGCUGGUGUUCGCGCUGCUCAACACCGUCGUCAACCCCAUCCUGUACGGCGUGCUGUCCGAGAACUUCCGCAAGUGCUUCGCCCGGCUGUGGUUCAUCUCGAAGCGCCGGCGGGCCGUGAACCGCGAGCUGCUGGAAAACAUGAGCAAGGGCGGCGGCGGCGGCGGCGGCGGCGGCGGUGGCGGCGGCAGCGGCUUCAGGACGCCCAGCAACGGCCACUGCAACUCGAUGAUGCGGCCGUGCAGUUCCGCCUCCGUGGUCGAACUCCCGGUCACCACGGCCGGUUCGUCGUCCGCCACGAACGAAUGUUGGUGAGCGCGCGCCGACCCCGCAGUCCCCGCCGCGACCGUGUACCCUCCUCGUCGCUCUGCGCCACCGGCCAAAAAUUCAUCGUCUCUCCCACCCCCUUCCCGCAAGCGCUCGCGUCCAAUCGAGGCACUUGUACGGGAACCGCUGGUGGUAACACGGCCGCCGCACACGUUCCGCUGGGUUCAGUAGGACAGUUGUGUCCGCACACUUACCGGGAAACGCGAUCACCGGCGUGGUCGUUUCUUUCGCUCUCUCACGACCCGAUCCUCCCGGCCGGCCGAAAGUGCUCGCGAUCGUCGUCCGCCGUACGGCGCACGGUGAGCACUGCGAACUUUCGCGCACCGCAACCCGGCCGCAGCACACACGGUCGUAACGCGCUCGAAGUCGAUCACGCGUUCCGUUCACCUGACCGCCGUCGAUCGACGCGACACUCGGACACUCGGCCUCCGAGUUCGAGC